AGGGAGUGAGGAGACAUUCGGGACGCAGCCGCCGUUUUAUCCACCGACCGCUGGGAUGAAGGAGAGACGGGGGCAUCCUCGGGUUUGAGCUCAUAUUAGAAGAAAAGAACAAGGCGAUUGAGACCUCGCUUCACUCCGUGUGUUUGUGUGUGUUUAUGUGUGUGUGUUUGUUUUGUUUUGUUUGUUUGGAUCGUUGAUAAAAAAGAGCAGCUGAGCCAAAAUGAUGGAGGAGAUCGACCGAUUCCAAGUGCCGACCGAGGCAGAGAUGCAGGCCUUGGAUCCAGCAUCCUCCACUGCCUCCGAGGGAGACUCGGAUACGAGAGAGAGCGAGCCGGCCACUCUUAACUACAAACCAUCACCGCUGCAGAGGAAAAUAGAAAAACAGCGAGAGCUGGCCAGGAAGGGGUCUCUGAAGAACGGCACAGCGGGGAGUCCUGUCAACCAGCAGCCCAAGAAGAACAAUGUCAUGGCCAGAACACGGCUUGUGGUUCCCAACAAAGGCUACUCCUCCUUAGACCAAAGCCCAGAUGAGAAACCGUUAGUUGCUUUAGACACAGACAGUGAUGACGACUUUGACGUGUCCAGAUACUCCUCAUCAGGAUACUCCUCGGCUGAGCAAAUAAACCAGGACCUGAACAUCCAGCUGCUGAAGGAUGGAUACAGACUGGACGAGAUCCCCGAUGACGAAGAUCUGGACCUCAUCCCUCCAAAAUCGGUCAACCCAACCUGCAUGUGCUGCCAAGCCACAUCUUCAUCUGCCUGCCAGAUCCAGUAAAAUUUCUCUCUUCCUUCACCUUUUCCUCUCUCACCUUCUCUCUUUCUCUCUCUCUCUUUCUCUGUCUGUUUUCUUCUUGUUCUCUUAUAAAGACAUUUAAUCCACAUUAUGGCACGAAAUGUACAGGUAAUGUUAUGAUCAAAAUGGUGUAUAGGAAAAUUUGAACAAAAACACACACACACACACACAAACACACACACACAAACACACACACACACACACACAAACACAAACACCUGCGAUAAUAAUUAAUGUUACGACUAUUAUUAUUGGUAGCGUCCUCCUAUGGUAGGACGCCCUGUAUGCUAGUUAGCUGGGAGGAGUUUAUGUGUAAAACCUCCUAGUGGACGUUGUGUAAUGACUGUACAAUUGGAGGUUAAAAAAUUGAUUCAACUGUGCAUAAAACACUUGGUGAUGCUAGCGCCGAUUUAUCAACUGUAGUAGUAUCCGCUUCCAUGUUGUACUUAUCAUUUUAUGUUUGUCGUCUUUGUUUUUUCUGGGGUUUUUUUAAAAUCUUUUUUGUUAACAUUUUGAACGGACUGCUGUAUUGUAUGUGCUUAAGGAUGUUGCCAAGACACUGUUGAGUUUCAUUUCUUGUGCUAGUUGUUCAUUCGCGGCACUAAACGCAGCAUUGUGUAGCAUGUAUGGAAAAUGUUGCACUUUGUUUUGUUUUGUUUUGUUUUUUGUUUACACUUCUUCAGAGAUUCACCAUAAAAGACAGUUCAAUGAUUUGGAGACGAAUGUAUCGAUGAAAAAAAAAUAAAAUGGCAUAUCCAACUGGCUUCUAAAAUGCAAUAUAUCCUAUAUAUAUAUAUAUAUAUAUAUAUAUAUAUAUAUAUAUAAAAGCCACAUAAUUAGCAUCAUUUGGUCGAUCUUUAUUUGAUGUUAACUUCCACACCGAAUAUCAGUGUGCUGUAAACUGCUACCUAAAGUGCAUACAAACACUUUGGUGUAAGUGACUGUUUCUCAUUUUCCGUUGCUGUGUUCUGGCUUUUUGACUAAAGUGGCGUCACACAGGAAGUAAACUUUCAUGACUAUGGUAAUAAAAAAUGGCUAUUUACUUGUGUUUUCUGGAUCAUGGACAAUGUGAUGACAACUUUUAAAUCUCUGACACCAUCUAAAGGACAUUACUUUAUCAAAGUAAGUGAAAUUUGUUUGGAGGUAGAGUCAACAUGGCUUCCUUUUUUAGAAAAGUUACAAAAUGGUGGACUAAACCAUGAAUGUUAGACAUACACAGGAUCAAUAAGUUACAGAGUAUUUCAAAAAUAUAACUUCUGGUUUGUUUAAAGUGGGUUUAACCUCGCCAACUGCUCCGUUUUGUACAAGGAGAGCUAGUAAAUGUUUUUCUUUAAGCUCAUGCUGCUAGAUUAUCAAGCUGCACAUGGUUUGAAGGAGGAGGUUAUGAAUUUUCUGAAUGAGAACGACGAUAAAAUGGUGGACAAAUCUUUUAAAACAACUACCAUCAAGACAUACAUACAAAACAUUUGAACUGUUUCAAUUCAGUUUCAUGAACUACUCUAUAGACCAGCUUAUAAAACCAGUAAACAUUAAUCUGGUGUUCCAGAUACCAGCAUAAUUUACAUCCUGUAGAUGUAGAUCGUUUGCUAAUUGUCAAGAUGCCAACACACCUGAAUAUGGCGAGGUGUGGAGAUUUCUUAAAUCACCACCAACAGGGGGCAGUGUUUUACAACACUGAUGGCUUUAAAUCACAAUUUAUACUCAGUGUUGGCUGGAAGAAGCAGAUUAUCAAAAAAUAAACAAGCUAAGAAGUUGCCAGUUGAACUGGGUGUAAGAUUUAUCAGAUUUGGUUUUAUGCCCCUAAUAACUCCACUGAUAGAAAAAUGAAAAUAGUUUAUUUAAUAAAAUCUUAUCCUGCUUCUCAGUCCUGAAUGGUCAAAAGCUCUGACAGAACUUGUUCUAGUAUUUUAUCAUUUCAUAUAUUUAACAGUUUAACAGAAGGAGUUUCAGUGCUUUGUAACACUCACUAGGUUUUCCGCCACAUUAAAGUCUUCACUUGGUAAUAUGAUAAGCUGAUAAUUUGAGGGAAAAAGAAAGACUGCUGAGGGAACAAAUGUUUAUAUCUGCUAUAAUGUAGGUAAUAAUAAGAAUUAAUUUGUUUGUCGGACAUUCUGCAACACUUGAUGUCACUAUAAACAGAUAAAAAUAUAAAUGAGUCGUUAUUUAAUAAAUAAACU